UGCAAUGGAAGUGAGAAGAACAUAAUCUAGAUUCAUGUGUAUUUACAGCAAACCAGUCAAGUUGAUGCUUAAUUUAAACCGUCUCUAGGCUCAAAAAGAAAAACACAUCGGAAACAGAGGGGUAUUCAAGUUAUUAUGGGUGAAGUCAAAGGUUAUAUCUUAAGCAGUGAUCGCCAUUCAAUAUAAUGGCGUAUAUCUUAAUCACAACCACAGGGACAAUCACCACUUACAUUUGUUUCUUUCACUUCUUUAAUUCUUCCAUUUCCAUGAUAUUAAUAAUUUGAUCAAUAUUCAAUGUCGCACAUAAAUUAUUGUUUUCUUGACUAAAAUAAUCCAUCUCUGACUGAUGAUCACUGGAAAUUGGAAAACUAAAGAAUCUCUUUUAACUAUAUUACUAUAUAGUCACACAUAUAAAUUUGGUUAAUUUUUUGCGAGAAAGAUCAGAAACUUCUUGACUCAAUCCAAAAAACAGAACAAGUUGUUCUGAUGGCGGCAACUUUAUAGUUUUUUGGAAUUCUUGAGCAGAAAUUAACUUAAAAUGAAGUUUAUGAAGCUUGGAUCUAGGGUUGAUACCUUUUAUACAACAGGGGAUGUGAAGUCUGUCUCUACUGAAGUCUCCACCGACAUCGUAAUUAUUGUCGAAGAAACUAAAUUUUUGCUUCAUAAGUUUCCGCUGCUAUCAAAAUGCUUGUACUUACAGCGCUUGUGUUCCGAAAGCUCGGUUACAUUGAAAGCUUCUCAAGAACUAGUGAUCGAACUGGAUGAUUUUCCCUAUGGGAUCGAUGUUUUUGAGAUCUGUGCAAAGUUCUGUUAUGGUAUCGGUAUAACUCUUAGUCCACUCAACAUUGUGUCAGUUCGAUGUGCGGCGGAGUAUCUCCAGAUGACGGAAGAUGUUGAUAAGGGUAAUUUGAUAAGUAAACUUGAGGCCUUUUUGAAUGCUUGCAUUCUUCGAGGAUGGAAAGAUUCACUUUUGACUUUACAAAGCACAAAACUAUUCCCUACAUGGUCGGAGGAUCUUGAGAUAACGAGUCGAUGUAUUGAUGCAAUUGCCACGGGAGUUUUAUCGUUUCCUGUUAAACCGAAUUUGUCGUCAUACACUUACUCGAAGUUGGGUAAGGAUGAUAUGGAAAGUAAUGGAGUAGCGAGCCAGAGAAACGGCGGGGUUGUUGCAUCUCAAGGGUGGUGGGCUGAAGAUAUAGCAGAAUUUGGUAUAGAUCUCUAUUGGAGAAUGAUUGUAGCUAUUAAAUCUGGCGGAAAUGUGCCCGCAAAUCUUGUUGGUAAAGCACUGCAAAUUUAUGUUUCCAGAUGGUUACCAAAUAUAUCCAAAGAAGGGAUUAUCAAGAGCGAGGAUGAUUCAGAAUCCAUCCGAGAGAUAACAGUGAAAUAUCGAUUCCUUUUAGAAGCUAUAGUAAGCUUACUACCAACGGAGAAAGGUUCUGUUUCAUGUAGUUUCUUACUUAAGCUUUUAAAGGCUGGAAACAUCCUCAGUACUUCAAUUUCUUCGAAAAUGGAAUUAGCACGAAGAGUCGGAACCCAGUUGGAGGAAGCAAAAGUCAGCGAUCUAUUCAUUCCAACGUUAUCAGCCGAUGGAACACAAUAUGACGUUGAUAUAAUCAUCACCAUAUUGGAGCAAUUCAUGGUACAGGGACAGAGUCCUCCAACAAGUCCACCAAGAGCUAAAGCAAAGUUGAGGAGGAGGUCAAGAUCGGCAGAGAACUUUAAUUUCGAGUUUUUGGAGACCCGGAGGUCUGCUUCAGCAUCACAUAGUUCAAAACUGAGGGUGGCAAAGCUUGUCGAUGGGUAUCUUCAGGAAAUUGCUACAGAUCCAAAUCUGCCUCUGCUGAAGGUGAUUGCACUUGCAGAGUCGAUACCUGAUUUCUCAAGGCCUGAACAUGAUGAUCUUUACAGAGCUAUCGACACUUACCUUAAGUCACACAGAGAUUUAAAUAAGAGCGAAAGGAAGCAGCUGUGCCGAAUUCUAGACUGCAAGAAGCUUUCUGCAGAAACUUGUAUGCACGCCUCACAGAACGAGCUACUCCCACUGAGAAUGGUGGUACAACUUUUAUUCAUCGAACAGGCACGAGCUUCGAUGGUUGGUGGCACAGUGACUGACCUGCCUAACAAUAUCAAGGUACUUCUUGGGACACAGGAAGAGGACUCAUUGAAGCCUCUGCCACCAAUCAGAAACAUCACCAUCAUUAAGCCCACCGAGGAAGAGUGGAGGAGUAUGUCUGGUCCUACCUCACCAAGUUCAAAGAUUUCAACUCUUAGGAUGAAACUAACAGAAGACGAAGACCAAAUGGACGACGUUGUGAAGAAUACAAAUUCCAAGCUCAAGUCUUUCCAGUCGUUCCGCUCCAUUCCUGCUCGGCCAAAGAAGAUGUUAAGUAGGCUGCUCUCUUUGAAUAGAAUUACUUGAAGACAGUGACUGUCCUUUAAUUCCAGGGGAUUUUAAUAAAGUGACGCACUUCCAAUUUCAUGUUUAAAAAAGUGCCACUGUUUUUUUUCCAGAAUUUAUUAAAUGCCACUUGACUUUUUCCAUCCA